AUGGAGGAAGAUGGUGGCAAUGACAAUGUCGAAGAUGGUAGAUUGGUGAUGGAGGAAGAUAGUGUGGCAAUGAUGAUGUCAAAGAUGGCAGUGCAUAUCAAGUGUUUGUUUGACGAAAUACCUGUGAGAAAUGUAGUCUCAUGGACAACAAUGAUUAUUGGGUUUGCACAAGAGUGGAAGAUUGAUUUGUGUUUGGAACUCUACCAUCGAAUGAGAAAUUCAACUGCGAAACGAAAUGAGUAUACUUCAACUGCGAAACGAAAUGAGUAUACGCUAACUAGCCUUUUGAGUGCUUGCACAGGGGCAAUGGGUGUCUUGGACAUGGAAGAAUUGCUCAUUUGGCCACAAAUAGAGACCUAUGCCAUUUUAAACAACGGAGUGCAUAGUCAUGCUUUCCAAUUUUUGUAUGCAUUUAAGGAUGGAUUGAAUUGGUUUGUGCUUAUUACUUUUAUUUCUAUUGCAGUGAUCCCUUCAAAAUCUAGAAUUGGCAAGGGGGCACUAGCUGGCAUUGUAGUAGGAACAUUUGCAGGUGCAGUUAUAUUAUCUGCUGUUGUGUCACUUCUCAUGUGGAGAUUGCAUAUGAACAAAUACGCUACAGUUUCAAAAAGACGUCGAUUAUCUAAGAUCACUAUCAAAAUUGCUGGUGUGAAAGAUUUUUCUUAUCAAGAGAUGGCACUGGUGACUAACAAUUUUGAUGCCUCCAGUCAAGUUGGACAAGGUAGGUAUGGGAAGGUCUACAAAGGUAUUCUAGCUGACGGCACAGUUGUGGCCAUAAAACGUGCACUAGAAGGGUCAUUGCAGGGUGAGAAGGAGUUUCUCACUGAAAUAGAACUAUUGUCAAGGUUACAUCAUCGUAACUUGGUCUCUUUGCUUGGAUUCUGUGAUGAGGAAGGUGAACAGAUGUUGGUUUACGAGUUCAUGUCCAACAGCGCGUUGAGGGAUCACUUAUCUAGUGCGGCUAAAGAGCCUCCAGGUUUUGCUAUGAGAUUGAGAAUUGCACUAGGUUCAUCUAAGGGCAUCCUUUAUCUACAUACGGAAGCUGAUCCUCCGAUAUUCCAUCGAGAUGUCAAGGCCAGCAACAUAUUGUUGGAUUCUAAAUUUACUGCAAAAGUUGUUAAUUUUGGACUUUCCCGACUUACCCCUGUUCCUGAUAUUCAGGGAAAGACGCCUGGUCAUGUAUCGACUGUUGUUAAGGGGACACCAGGAUACGUUGAUCCAGAGCACUUCCUCACUCAUAAACUGACUGACAAAAGUGAUGUUUGUAGUCUUGGCGUUGUAUUUCUAGAGCUCUUGACAGGAAUGCAUCCAAUCUCACAUGGCAAAAACAUUGUUCGAGAGUUGCGGAUGGAAGACAUCCUAUAUUAUAAAGACCUGUUUGACCCUAUUGCUCUAAAAGGGGUUAAACUGGAAGAAGUAAAGGAUGAAGACUUGAUAAAGAUGAACUAA